CUUCAUCCUGAGCUUCCUCACUUGCAUCCCGAGUUCAAUCAUCCAGAAACCUCGCAGUUCGUGAAUUGCGCGUUCAGGUCGACCGACCUGCCGCAUAGCGUUGACCGGACUCCCCCAUCUGCAGGUUCGGACAGCAAAGCAGAUCGUAUCCUUGGGAGACAGCCAUGUGUCGCUGUCUAUAUCCCGUCUGUACCAGGUCUGCUCCCUUGCAGCUUAGUCUUCAAGAGUUUCUGCUAAGGUGUAAAGGAACGCGUUUCUGGAUUCGAUACAAGAUCGAAGAAUGGGCCGCAACUCAAUCCCAAUGGUACUUCUUCAAGUUACUCAUGAACGGGAGGCAAGUCACGACGUGGGGUGCGCAUUCGAGAAGAGACUCCUGCGGGCAAAUCAUGAAAGGUCUCUUCGACCCGAGCGACCUCUGGAAUUACGAACACGACGGAGUCAUGUAUAAGAACAUGGGAUUGGAGCAACGUUCCUUCUUCUUUACUUUCGAGAAACAAGACAACGAACGCUCUGCGGCAACAGACGGAGGUCUCAUCGAGAUCAAAGUGUACCGUGCGAGGGGCCGAUGCAGAAGGAUGCCAGCGCCAGCCGAGUUCAGGAGUCAGGACGACUAUGGAAUCACGAUGCCUAGUCAAGGACUUUUCGACAGACCGCAAGAUGCAAAGUUUUACGACUGGCAUCUUAAGGAUUCGAGUGAUUCGCCAUAUGCUACAUUCAAGUUCCACUAUCGCAGUUGGGAAAGCCUCCAGUCCCUCAACCUAAUUCCGGCGGACCAUGCGCGAAUCCUAUUUCCACCAUCAGCAAGCGUGCUUUCUCUCGUAGGCCUUUCUCGAGAAGAACAAGAAAAGCUUCAGGAGGAUGCAAUGCCAACCAGUGAGGAAUCACCUGCGAAGGCCUCCGAAACCUCUGAAUCUUCAGUGGUACCAUGGCUCACCUCAGUAUUCGAUGACAGCCCCGAGUCUGGAAAGAGUUGCGACAGGAGAGAGUUCGUCGUCCCGCCGGAAGUGCUGGAAAAUUAUUCGCUUCGAUUCCCUGUUCCAACAUCAAAGUUCACUUCUGCCGUGAUCGACAAGCGUUCAUCGCCAAAUGGUAGCCCUGUACCACUCAAUUUAAAUCGGCCACUGCCACCGAUCCCGAGCCGCAAGAGUUCCCUCAGACAUAGGAGAAACGUCUCCUCGGUCUCGACGAACGCCCCAUCUGUCACUGCGUCCUUAAAGUCUUAUUACGAACGCGACUGUGAGAGUCCGGAACCAGCAGACAUUGGCAUUGCACAAGCCGUUCAUGUUGCCUAUUCCAGUCCAAUCGUAGCUACUACAGAGGGAAGCUUAGACACCGCUUCGAUUUCAUCUCUGUACAUGGAUGACCCGUCAGGGAACUCGCCUCUGUCAGAAUUGGCAACUAAGAGACAAGGCAUGGCUUUAGAAUCUGCGUCCGGCACUUUCUCCCUUCCCAAUGUAACGAUUCGGAAGUUCCGGCUCUCAGGCAGCAAAUUCUCACCCGCAAACAAGACAACGCCUGCAAACAAAGAUCUCAAAGAGAACGAGCAUACCCCACUACUUGAUAACCAAACAUCUCUCUCGCUAACGGAGUCUGAGUGGAUGUGUCGAACUCCUUCACCAAUGAAAACUCGCCAAGACGAUGGGUUCCCAAUAUCCAAGCUUUGGAGCCCAGGACUAGGUACAAACAAGAAGAGCCCCGAAGGGUGUGCGCCACGGAGGAGAUCAUCGCUGCUGAGUCCCAAGGUUAUUGGUAUUCCUGAAGAGGCGGCUGAUAGUCCGGCGCCGGAUGAGUUUGAUGACGAGGAGAGGAUUCGGACUGGAAACUGGAUUUGAUUUGAAGCUUGCCCUCAUUGCAAAGCAGAUCCUGAACUUCUUCUUCUUUGGAGUUGUAUUGACGAAGAUGGUGCGAGAUGCUGGCAUUUCUUGUUU